AGCCGCGUGUGCGACCUCACCGGCAAGCGCGCCAACAACGGCUACGUGGUGACCUUCUCGCACAAGCGCAACAAGAAGCUGCAGCAGGUCAACCUGCAGUACAAGAAGGUGUACUGGCCAGAGGGGCAGAGGUGGGUGAAGCUGCGCAUCUCCACCAAGGCCAUCAAGAGCAUUGAGAAGAAGGGGCUGCAGACGAUGGCGGAUGAGGCGGGCAUCGACCUGUGGAAGCUG